CAUAGGAUUGAGGUUAGCUCCUGCUUCGUUUGACAGUUUUGUCCCCUAAACCUUGUUAUGUUUGCAAGAUUUCUACUAUAGCGGAAGAGACAGAGACUAUAGUUCACAUCAGACAGCAGCUGAUCUGACGUGUGUUGCGUUUCCAGGGCUGUGUCCGGCAGUGCGCAAAGUUUAGCCUUUCAGCUAAUGCGACCUUUUCCCGUUACAUUAGCGCUAAACUUAUAACUUGCGCAAUGGUGAAGAAAGGUAAAAGGGAAAGCGAAACUCCAACAAAAGAUACAUUUGAUCCGGUCGCAGUUGAAGGCAAAACUCCAGCAACAGUUGUUCUCCUGUUGAACUCUCCUGAAGAAGAAAUCCUUAUAAAAGCUUGUGAAACAAUUCAUGCAUUUGCAGACAGAGGAGAUGAAAACAAGGUGUCACUUCUGGGCCUUGGGGCCUUGGAGCCUUUAUGUCAGCUCAUCACUCAUGGUAACAAGCUGGUCAGACGCUGUGCUUUCAUGGCCCUGGGCGUCAUGUCCACCCACACUGAAGUGAAAAAUGCAUUGCAGAAAUGUAACAUAAUUCCAUCCAUUAUUGACAAGCUCUCUCCACAAGAGGAGACAGUUGUUCAUGAGUUUGGGACUCUGUGUCUGGCUUCAAUGUCAGUGGAUUUUGUCAGUAAAGCACUGAUCUUUGACAAUAAUGGUUUGCUGCCAGUGAUUCGACUUCUCUCCAGUCCUGAUCCAGAUGUAGUCAAAAAUUCACUGGAGAUAAUUUUCAAUCAAAUUCAGGAUUACCCAAGUCGCUCAGCCAUACAUGAACUUGGAGGCAUACCACACCUACUGGCCCAGCUGAAGUCAGAAUUUCCUGUAAUUCAACAACUGGCUUUAAAAAAUCUGCAGAAUAUCACAAUAGAUAAAGACACACGCAUUACCUUUAGAGAAGAGCAAGGAUUUGAAAAGCUCAUAGAUAUUCUUAAAAAUAAGGACCUACAUGACCUUCAUGCUGGCUCAUUACAUAUUGUUGCAAACUGUUUAAAUGAUAGUGAAUGUUUCCAGCUUAUUCACAAAGGUGGAGGUCUGGCCCAGCUGAUGGAGUUUAUCCUCAGUCCAACACUGCCAGAAAUCCAGGCCAAUGCUGUAAAAUGUAUUGCCAGAGUGGCUCAGAGCUCUGAGAAUCGCAACAUUCUUCAUGAGCAAAAUGUGGAGAAGGUUUUAGUGGAGCUCUUCUCUGUGAAUGAUGACAGAGUAAAAGCAGCAGUCAGCCAGGCUGUGUCUGCCAUGAGCACCAACCUCGCCAGUAAAGAGGUCCUCAGGGAGCUUGGGGCUAUACAUCCACUGGUACGGCUAUUGAGCAGUGAGGCUUCAUCUGUAAAACGGGACGCAUCAAGAGCACUUUCUGAUCUUACCCACAACAAUCUCCUUAAUGUGAUGGCUGUGUAUGAAGUCACAGGUCAUGAGCCACUGGUCCGGCUGCUCACUGAACAGUGUCUUGAGACUGUGGCCAGUUCUGCUGCAACUCUGAGCAACAUGGCGGGACAGGAGGAGAUCCGCUACAGUAUUUUGUCCCAAAAUGCUUUGCCAGCCCUUGUGCAGCCUCUGAAGUCCAAAGAUUCUCACGUUCUAAUCAGCUCAGCACUCUGUGUCGCAACUCUGGCUUGUGACACCGCAUCUAGGACAGAGUUUAAAAAUGCUGGAGGUCUUCCACCACUGGUCAAUUUACUGGACUCUAAAUACAAAGAUGUUCAGAAGAUGGCUUCCUUAGCUGUCAAGGCAUGUGCCUGUGAUGGGCCGUGUGCAGUGGAGAUGUGUGUAUUGGGAGGUCUGGAAAAACUUCAGAAGAUCAACCAAUCAGAACACCAAAAAACUGUUUUCAGUGAAAUGGCAAUGACGAGCCUGCUGAAUUUUAACCUGCCAGUUAAAUACAGCCUAACAGGCUUUUUGUCUCCCACUGACCAUGUCACAGAUCUUUUUUAUGAUUCUGGGAAGGCUGUGGCAGGUCAAAGAGUCCUAUCUCUGGAGGAGCACUACGGGCAACCUGUGAAUCAGCACAGGGCCAUUAUCGUGAUUAACAUGGCCAAGCAUGCAGCUGAAGAGACAGUUGUUUGUACAGAAGAAAAGCAGCACCAUUUAUCUGGAACAGACAUCAGCGUAAAGGGGGAGACACCAAGGAAGAAAAAGGAAGAGGACAAACCAAAGAAUAAGGAUCUCCCUCGUGCAGUCUCUCAGUCCCCUCUUCAGAGACACUGUAAGAUGUUGAAUGACCAAACACUGGAGACUUUGGUUCAGGAGGCCAAAGAAAGUGUCCUGCUUAUGGAUGAUGACAUGUUGCAAUACUCUGCUUUGGCCAGGAUGGUAAGCAAGGCCAUGGGCGGAGAGGUGGACACGAAAAAUAUGGCCACAUUCGAAUGGACCCUUCACAUCAGCGAGCUCAAAUUUGAGUUACAGUCUAAUGUAGUGCCUAUUGGCAUGAUAAAGAAAGGAACCUACUACCACAGGGCACUUCUCUUCAAGUGCCUGGCAGACAGCAUUGGACUGAGUUGUUCACUUGUCAGAGGAGAGUAUAACCGAGCCUGGAACGAAGUACAGGUGUUGGAUGGACAAGCGCAGCGUUAUGUUGUGGACCUCAUGCACAAGCCUGGCAGUCUCCUGAAAAUCAACACACCAGCUGCAGAAAAACAUCAAAACAUGUAGCACCCCUCAAGGAAUGAGCAUGAGCACGAGGUUUUUUAACAGGGUUUAUUCACUCUUCAACCCGUGAGAACUGGCAGCAAAGAAAAUAAUAAAUAAAACAUCAAAAUUAACUCUGCACCUUACAAUAUAAUACAAUAUAAUAAUAAAGCACACAAACCUCGUGGGCUGACAUCCACGAGGGGGCUAAUUGUUAAUCUUGCUUCAAAUCCCUUCGCUAUAUACUAAAUAAAACAAUAAACAAGUGUUUACAUUGUUAUUCCCAUAAAAAUGUAUCUGACUUAUUCUCAUUUUACCGGAGAUAUUCACAUGUCCGCGGCAAUGUGUUGACAGCAAGGUGCGCAGUUAAUUAGGUUCGGGCGGAACUUUCUAUUAUACUUUGUUCCACAUUGUGAUUGACCACUAGAUGGCGCAAAGUAAAAUAUAAAGACAAGCGCGAAAUUAUAUAUAUAAAUAUUUG